GCAGAGUCCCUCAAAGACUGCUUCAAUAAUCAUGAUGCCAACUACUAUUACUGUGAGUUGAUGCAGAGUGCACGUAUCACUGAAAAGAAGAGAGCCAUCAAUCGUUGGAAUGCAUUUCUGCACAAGGAGGUAGCUCAGUUAAAUGAAGAGACAUGCAAGAGUGUUGCAGCCUAUACUUCAAUGAUCUCAGCAAUGUCACAGGCCAUGUCUAAGGAAGAAAGAAUCAAGGCUACUGAGGAUUCGAUUGAGAAGUUAGAGGAUCUACAUGAGAUGAAGUCUCACACGAGGCAUAACAUGGAGAUUAAUGCAUUUUGUGAUGCUCAUGGGACCCUGAGAAGCCUUGACUCCCUUAGUCGGUGCACUGGUGUUGAAAUUCUGGUCUUUGCCGUGAGAUCAGACCUUCAACAAUACUCCAGGCCAUAUAUUUUCUUCACCAACAAUCACCUUCCUGAAUAUUUUGAAUUCACCACUAAGAGCACCGCAACUGACUUUGCAAUGCACAUGGAGUCAUCCAUGCUCUCUGAUGUUGAAGAUGUGUAUUUUACAUAA